UUGGCGCCUUUCGGUUUUAAUUGAUAAGAAGUCAAUUCUUCAAAUCAGACCCCACUGUUUUUGACAUUGAGUGUCAGUCCUAGACGAACAAUUUUUAUGGUUAUACUUUUCUGGUCUCUGAUAUGAUACUCGUUGAUAAUCAUUGUAAAACUUUUCCCGCCAAAAGGUGACACAGGCAAACAUUUUCAAACCUGCCUUCAGGCUAAGGCAGCUGAUUCCCCCAACUCUAGUGGCGCCUCCAUCACCGACAGUAUACACAAACGGGCUGCUUUGGAGAGGGGAGAAAAGAAUUCCACUCCCUCGAUCCCUACUCUCUUGCUACCCCUCCUGGGUUUUAUUCGCUUUUUUUUAUCAACUAUUGAACAAUUGUUAAUUUUAUUCGCAGUUUUGUCAAUCAGUAUUGAUUCUUAAAGUAUUUUAAAAUAGACUUUAAAACAUCGUCCUAAAAAACCGCCUCUGGUUCGUCGGGCCAGAGAAAUUCCGUUUUGGCGAAAAACUCGACUUGUGGGGGGGCUUCUCUUAACUGCUGUUAAGCGUUGUCUUUAACCAUUGUUGUAACAGCAGCCUGGAAUGGGAGUUUUGUUGGACUUUUAAAAAAACUGUAAUGAAUGGAUGUUAAAAUGCCAAGAAAAACUCCUCACAAGUCUCAGGUUAAGAGUGGUAGGCCAUCUCUUGGAACUGUGGAAAAUGAACUUAGUCCUACUGAACUUGUUACAACUCAGUACUUAUCUGGAGGUCUAGGUAGUCUCACGAAGAAGAUCAAGGUAGAAGAGAAGCAAGUUCUGUCUACACCACAAUCUGCUCCUCAUUCUUCUAAAAUGUGUGCUCCAAAAAUUGGUACUUUGGAAAACAAUACCACCACCCCCACUCUACCUCAAGGAGCUGCUGCAGAACGACAACACCACUUACAAAAGAAGGAUGUUCGAAGACGUUUGGACAUGGAGCUGGCUCCUGACACACCAUCACCUCUGCCUAGUAGUACGACGUCUGAUGGUUUCAAAACCCCAAAAGCUAAACGUGCUAGGACAAAAUCAGUUGCUGCUACUGUGCCUACAUUAUCAUUCAGUCCUUCACCCCAGAGAAGUCGAACUAGUGCUGUUGACAGAAGCAGGUUUGAUUCUUCACUUGGUUUGUUGACCAAGCGCUUCCUUGGCCUUCUUCAGAGUGCUGAAAAUGGAAUCUUAGACUUGAACCUUGCCUCUGUGACACUUGCUGUUCAGAAGAGACGCAUUUACGAUAUCACAAAUGUUUUGGAGGGUAUUGGUCUUUUAAAGAAGAUUUCCAAAAAUAAUAUUCAGUGGAAAGGGUCAGAUUCUCCUGCAGAUUCAGCCGAAUCUCAGCGAGGUUUAAACCAAGAUUUAGCCGACUUGGAAGCCAAGGAAAACCAACUUGACGAACUGAUUUCUGCUACAGAGAGCCAACUUCGAAGUUUGAGUGAAGAUAAACGAUACGCUUAUGUCACGUACGGUGAUCUGAAAUCUAUUUCAGAAUACAGAGACAAUACUGUGAUGGCAGUAAGAGCACCUCCUGAAACAAAAUUACAAGUACCUCAUCCUUCUGAAGGAUACCAAAUCUAUAUGAAGAGCGAAAAUGGUGAAAUUGAAGUUCUUCUGUGUCCUGAAGACGAAUCUUCUUCUUCAUCAUCUUCUUCUUCGCCCUCUUCAAGAACCUCCAGUGGAUUUCCCAGCCCGGUUACAAACGGAGUGAUGAGAGGAAGAUCUCAUCGAGUAAACAAAAACAAUCAAUUCAUGACGCAGUUCAGUGAUGAUGAAGAGAAUGGCUUGCUUCUCGAAACCAUGGACCAAAAUCAGCAGUCAGGCUGCGACACUGGAAUCGACAUUUCCUCAAUGGCAGUUUCAUCGGCUAACGAGCCGUUCCUCUGUUUGGAACCGCCCCUUGACGAGUCGGCCUAUAUGUUUACGAUGGACGACGGCGAGGGCAUUUCCAACCUCUUUGAUUUCUCUUUUUAAAUUCAUAGAUUAUCCGUUUACCACAGAAGUUGCACCCAACUAUGCUAUUGAUGGAAAUUUAACUCCAUCAGCCACACGGAGUUUGUUCGGGGUAGGGUUACGAGAAGUUCAUUAGCGAUUUGUAUCAUGUUCAUUCUCAUACUCCUUCGCUCCCUAGUGGUAGUUUUUUUAAUUUAAAGUUCUACAUAUUCAAAUAUGCGCCAUUCAGUCAGUAUUUUUUCAUCAAUUUUAUCCUAGAGCUGAUGCGCGUUUGCCAUCCAACGUUUACCUUUCCCGGCUCAUUUCCUACUCAUAGUUCACCAUCACCGAAGUUAUUUUGAAAUUGCAAAGGCCUGUGAAGCUUACCACCUUCUCGAGUCACAGUUGACUUUGGAAAAUUCUUUUAGUUUGUCGGUUAAGUAGAAUUUCUAUGAGUGCAAAUCGAACUCCGAUUUAUUCCCUCAUCCCCCAUUAUAACAUGCUCUUUAAAUAUUGCAAGGCGACUUGCAACGUUGGGUACGUUCCCCUAUUUUUUUUUCAUGUUUUGUUUUUACAUUUUGUUGCCUACGAGUCCCAUGCGUAUUGAUGCCGCAGUAGCGCCUCGAUUAUCCGCAAUAAGGUAUUUGUAGCCAUUUUUUUUUCUCUUCAAAAAAGUUUAGUUGUUCGGUUGAACUGCCAUUUUGUGCCGAUGAUUUCACCGUGAUGGUUAUCAUGGAGCUGUGCUGUGUCAGUGAAAAUGUGUGUGUGCGUGUCCGUGAGCCGAUUGUUUCCCGCUAUGUUUGAACGUAGCGGAAUUUAUUACGCUUUCACGUUUUCCCCGUGUUUCGGCUCAAAUGAAUUCUUUUUCCUCUCGCUAUCUCUUUUCCCCCCUUUUUGUGGAAUACAGUUUUACACUUCA